AUGGGCGCUCUCCACAAGGGCCACACCUACUUGGUGAAAAAUAGCCUUGAGGAGAACGACAGGACCAUCGUGCUGAUCUUUGUGAACCCUUCACAGUUUGCCCCUCAUGAGGAUUUGGACGCUUACCCAAGGACGCUAGAACGGGACUUGCAGGCGCUCGAGGGACUCAGCAAGAAGGUGGAUGCGGUGUUUGUGCCCAAAGUCAGUGAGAUGUUCCCCAGUGGGAUUGUUCUUGAUGUGGCGAAGCAGAAGGGAGCAUUUGUGUCGGUGUUGGGCUGCUCUGAGCAGCUUGAGGGCAAGCAGAGACCGGCAUUCUUCAGAGGCGUGGCUACGGUGGUGACAAAGCUCCUUAACGUCGUGUGCCCUACCAACGCCUACUUUGGCCAGAAAGAUGCCCAGCAAUGUGUUGUGGUUAAAAAUUUGGUCAAGGACUUGCUCAUAGACACCACCAUCAGAGUGUGUCCCACGCUAAGAGAGCCCAAUGGGCUUGCCAUGUCGUCAAGAAACGAGUAUUUGUCCCAGGAGACCAAGGACAAGUGUCUGAUCAUUUACAAGGGCCUUUGUGCUGGGAAAGAGUGCUUUGAAAGGGAAUCGGCUUCGGGAAAACCUGUGGCUGCUUCCACAAUCGUUGAAGCCGUGAAAGACACUUACAAGGCCAUGUCUCCAGAAUGGCAAGUGGAGUACAUUGCAGUGUCUCACCCUGAGUCUUUGGAAGAUCUUGACUUCGUCACCAAAGACAUCGGGGCUACGGUGUCUACUGCGGUGCGUGUGCCAAAGUCAGACGGUUCAGGCGUCGCCAGACUUAUUGAUAAUGUACAAAUUUAG